UGUACGUACUGAAUAUUCGAGGAUUCCAAGAAUAUCAAUGAUAUAAAAAAUAAAAUAAAAUAAAUAUAGAGGAAGAGUACGUUGAAUUAAUAUUAACAAGAGUGUACAGACUGAGGUAUAUCUGCAAAACAAAAUCAGAUAUCGUCGCGUAAUGGGCGACAAUAAUAAGAGAACCGACGAGAAUUACAGAAAAUCUGAGGUGCUAGAGAGAAGAAAAAAGGAAGAAAUGGCCUCGGCUACUAUAUCACCGACAGAAGACGACGAAUUGACUUUGCCACGCGCAUCGAUCAAUAAGAUGAUCAAGGAAAUUCUGCCCCAUGUACGCGUGGCAAAUGAAUCACGGGAACUGAUACUGAAUUGCUGCACGGAAUUCAUACAUUUGCUUUCGUCCGAGGCGAACGAGAUUUGCAAUCAACAGCAGAAGAAAACGAUCAACGCUGAACAUGUGCUUCAGGCACUCGAGAAGCUUGGAUUCGGAGAUUACAGCGCAGAGGCGGAGGCUGUUUUGCGAGAUUGCAAAGCAGUCGCAGCGAAACGAAGACGUCAGAGUACCAGAUUAGAAAAUUUGGGGAUUCCAGAGGAAGAGCUCCUCAGACAGCAACAGGAAUUGUUCGCGAAGGCGAGGGAGGAACAGGCUGUGGCCGAGCAACAGCAGUGGCAACAGCUGCAAGCGGUUGCGCAAAUGGCUUCGAUGCAACAAGCAGAUAGCGAGCAGGAAGAUUACUCCUAAACAUGUAUAGUGACUGAACGAUUCUCCUUUUCCUGUGUUGAUGUGGAAAACCGGUGAACGAGGACAUACUCUUUUUAUUUCAGCCAGUCUGGGAUAAUUGAAAUAUAUCUUCUUUUCUUCUC